GUUUAACAAUUACCCUGCUCAUGAUGUGGGCCUUUUACGUACAUAGGUAAAAGGGUAACCAGUAAUGACAAUGGACGCUUCAACAAUUGAUUACAAGUGGGAAGUUCCAGUGCAGUUAAUUCCAAUAGUGGUAGAUAAAGAUGGAGCAGAACUCCAGUCUUCAUCCUUUGCUCAGGCUUUGCGAAAAAGCCUUCUUGAUUUCAGUGCAAAAGCUUCAAUUUUAAAAAAAGUUGGACGUUACUUUGAUUAUGAAGUUUAUGAAGAAAAAGUUCGUGGAAAUACAAGUGUAAAUGUGCUUUGCAGAGUUACAAAGGAAUCAGACUUGCAUGAAUUUGAGGAACGAUUUUACAGCGAUCAGCUUGCAAAAAGUCUAGAACAAUAUCUGACAUCUGUUGGGUUCCAUUGGGAUUUGAAUAUUGGAUAUGGAAACAAGAAGAAGGAAUUCAAAUUGAAAGUAAUCAUAGAAAGAAAAUGCUUUACACAGAAGCCAACUGACUUUUCAAAGAUUUCAAGGGCAUCAAAGUUGGAAGUGGAGGACAAGUUGAAGAGGAAGCAUGAAUCUGAGAUAGGACAAAAUACAGGGGCUAAAAAAAGUCCAGGUUCUUACCCUGAUAAUAAAUCUUUUGGAAGUCUCUCUCCAUUAGGAUACAACUUUCAUGAAAAGACCAGAAGAGUAUCAUUUAGGAUUCAUAUUCCUGGAGAUGUUAAAAAAAUUUUAGGAGUUACUCUUUGUAGUAUUCUCUUCAAAGAAAUUGAUGGGUUUGAUUUGAAAAAUAUACCUGAUACUAAUCUAUGGGAAGUUGAACUAGAAAUUCCAUCAUAUAGACAACAUUUCUCCUACAAUUACUGCAUUGUAUAUGAUGAAUCAAUACAUUUAAAUUUGAAAAUUGUGAAAUGGCAGCUGUUUGGCAAAACCAAAGUUUACACAACUGAAACUUUUCAUUCAAAUGCAUCCCAUGUGCAAAUACAGUUUGCUUUUCAUGAUUAUGAAGAAGUCGUGGAUGGAUAUUUUUCCCACUGUUAUUACAUUUUUUUGUCAGUCAAAAAAGGGGAAGAACAUGAAUACAUGACACAAAUGGAAGAAAUGAAGGACCUAUCUUCGCAUUUGGAUGUGGAAGGGAAAAAACGUAUCAUAGAGCGUAUGAUAAAGAUUGCACAAGAAAAGCACUUGACAACUAUGGAACAUUGUGCAGUUUUUGUGUCUUUUUUGGUUCAGAUAAACAUUCCAGGCAAGGUUUUGCAAACAUUUUUCCCUCCUCAGUUUUCUGGUACUCUUUUGCGUAGGUGUUCAAGAGUGCCUAUAGAGUUAAUACCAAAAUCACAGCAAAGUGAUUACUUCAAGGUUAUCGAGAUGGUGUACCAUUGUGUAGAGGGGGAUGAUGCAAAUUUCCUGUCAUUUUGCAUCUAUACAUACCCACUGUAUGAUGCAGACAUGUGCAGCAAAAUGCUGAUUGAUGUAAAGGUUUCCAAAUCUUCCAUUAAUAAGCUGCAUGCAGAUUUUGAAGGUGCAAAGCAUGAUUUAAAAGCAUUAGUUCAGAAAAUGUUGCAGGAUGCACCAAUGAAGGGUGCUCUGUCAAAGGAAAUCAGUUUUCUGGAAAAACUGCAAAGAAGCCUUCCUUUUGAUUUACAGGUUGUCAUGUUUGAAACCUUGAAGAUAAUUAAUGCAGUUCCUCUGACCUCAUUUUUAGAGAUUUUACAUUCUGCUUGUGAAAGACGACUAGGGGAACUCUCUAAAAGUGGAAAUAUACUAGUUCUCAUUAGUGAUUGGGAAAAAAUGAUGCGUUGUUCUGUUCUUUCUCUUGAGAAGAUUCAGGAAAAGGCUGAAAAAUACCUCAUUGAAAGUUUUGAUAAGGCUAAUAAAAAUCACUUAAAAAGUUCAUAUUACAAGCUGAAAGAUAUGUGUAUUUAUGGAUCACUGUUUGAAAAUAUUGAUUCCAAGAUAAGGUUGUUAAAGAAAAUGGCUACAUCAUUAGAUGAAGAUGUCCACAGCUUGGUUACAUGUUGUUUGAUGGAGGAAAGUUUUCAGGAUAUUCCAGAAGAAGAUGUGGAAAGUAUCGUAUUGACUUGGUUUGAGUGUGCAACAAAACAUCAUUGUGGAGAUACUUUCAAGAGAAAUCAGUUAUCAGAUUCUCUUGUAAGUCUGUACUUCUAUGUUGGUAAAAUAUUUUCUAUUCAGUGGCUCUCUUCACAUGAUGCACUUCUGAAGAAGCUGGAUAAAAGGGCUUUUGAAUACUUGAAAGAAGUUGAUGUUGAAGACAUCAUCAAAACAAUGUCAGAGAUAGAGAGACAGUUUCAGGAUGGACCAACUGAAGACAUUUUUAUAUCACACAUCCAGAAAUUGUUCAAAGAAGGACUUGCAAAUGGAGAUAUCGACAAAAAGGAAUUGUAUGGACAAACAAAAGCUUGUGUAGUGAAUUCAAAGCUGAAAUUGCAAUAUUUUUUAACACUGAUGGAGUGUUCUGGAUUGCAGACAGACAUGGGAUCUGAAGAAGCAUUUCUACUCAUCACUAGUAGUCAUCUUUUAUGGAAAAGUGUAUUAACCGCCACAGGGAAGAAACAGGAUGAGAUAUUUAAGAACAAAUAUGCAGUGAAAGCCAGGCAAGCAAUCAUCGAUUUAAAAAUGGCAGUUGAGAAGAAAACAGUAAGGCUUGAAAUGUUGCAGUGUCUUCAAGACAGAAGAAAGUUGUGCAUGAAAUUGUUUACAAUAGUUGAUGAAAAUGGAUGCAAAGAAGUUGAAAAGAGCUGGAAUGAUAUUAUGAAAGAAAAAGAGUCAAUAACUCAAAACCUGCAGAUGACAAAUGAUGUUUUUGAAGAAAUAAAGCAAAGAAUGAACUUAGAUUUACCAAAAAAGGAAUGUGUUAUGUUUUGUAUGAAGUUUUUUCAUGAGAAAAACUCCAUUAUGAACCAAGGAGAUUUGAAUAUUGCAGAUGCAAGAAAUCUCAUCCAUUAUGAGAAUUUAAUAAAAGAUAUUUGGGAAAACUGCAGUAACCUACGCGAAGUGGUGAAAUCUGAAGUAUUCUGGAAUAUUGCCAGUGAGCAUUUUCACGAGCUUGAUGUUGAAGCUGAAGUAGAUGAAGAUCAGGGAGAAUCUUCACUUGGAAUUGCAUUACUCUUUGAAGAAAAUGAAGAUGAUUCAGAGAGUCAGAUCAUAACAGAGUUGCGAAAGGGACAUAAAUUUCUUCAAUUUUUAUCUGUCAAUGUUCUUCAAAGAUUUCAAGAAUUUUGGUCACCAUUACUCUCUGGCGAAGACACUCAUGUGGUAACUGUUCAGAAAAAUCUAGAAAAUUCAGAUAUUAUCCCAGAAUUAGAAUUAGCUCAAAGAAUCUGUUGUCGUAAAGCAACUGUCAGAGUUCAUGAAGCUCUCGAAAAAUUCAGUAAAUUCGAAACACAAAAUGAACAAGUUCAGUUGGUUAAAAUGGUGUUGAAUGCUUUCAAAGUGGAUGUCACAAAAGAUCAAAGUUUCCAGGAUGCUUUGUCAGAGUAUGAAAGGCUUCUAGAAGGAGAAGUGGAGGAAUUGACAAUAUUUCAAAUUGGUGAAUCAUUGAAGCUAGUUGAAAAGGUAGUCAACUUUGUAGAUGGUAAUAUGCUAGCAGUAUUAGAAGAACUCCAAAGAUCAUCCCUGCUGAUAGAAUUUCUACAGACAGUCGUAGAUGAAGACAUAAGAAAUUUAAUUGAUGCUGUAGAGGAGCAUUCAGAGCAAUAUGUCAGAGAGUCUACAGUUUCAGAUCUAAUUGAAGUGAAAGAGAUUCUUCAACCACUACUGAAGCAGAAAUAUGAUGAAAACAUCAAAGGAUUUUUCACCGCCAUAUACAGAUCUUUAGAAAGCAGUGGGAUUAAGAAUGUUGAACAAAAGAUACAUGAGUGUUCCAGCAAUCUUCAUAGUUUGAAGGCUCUUUACAAUCAUGUGGCAAAUAGAGGUGAGCACACAAAGGAAAUUGUUGAAAGCAUUGUUCAGCGUGGAAAAUUCUCUUUCUUAUUAAAGGAAAAAGAGUGUGAUUUGGCUGUUGAAUAUAAACAAGAUAAAAAAACUCACACCUAUUCAAAGGCGUAUCUGAAUGACUUAAGAAGCAGAUCACUUUUGAUUAUCAACACAGAGGAGAAACAAGGAAAAACAAUGACUUCACCAAGCAGGAAAGAGUAUCUGCCAUCUUUCAUUGGGCUGAUUGAUAUUGCAUUGAAUAUAUGUGAUAUGUGUGUACUCCUGAAAGAAGCAGGUCAUUUUCAAUUUGCAACAUUUGACCGUAAAAAGAUUAGGAAAGAAGAAUUAAGAGACCUUCUUAACCAAAUGAAAUCAAAGUAUGAAGAUUGGUGCAGAAUUUUAAAUGAAUGUCGCAGAAAGUAUUAUCUGAUGAAUUACAUUUAUUCAGACCAGCUUCAAAUCUUGUAUCAUUUUUCAAAGUAUGGAAAGAACAAAGAAUCGGUAAUUACGAUACUGAAAUUCAUCAAUCCAGAUGUGAAAGAUGUAGAAAAUAUUUUGAGUGUAUUCAAGAAAGAUGUAGAGGACAGCAGCCCAGAGAAAAUUCUUAAAGUAUUGGGUGAAACUUUAGAGAGCAUUUGGACAUACCUAAUACCAAAGGGUGAUAAGAUGUUUGAUAAAAAGCCAAGAAGCAAACUCUCGGAAAUUGUGCAAGCAGGACGGUUAUACGUGGCUGCUCUGGAACCAGGCAGUCCUCUUGUUGUGAGAACAUUGCUAGCUUUACACUGGAAUACAACUCAAAAAGUACCAUUGGCAAAUAAUAUUCUUUUAUGCAACAGAAACACCUCUUCUGAUGAAAUUACACUGUUUUUGAAUCGAUGUAUGAAAUGCAAUAUUGACCAACUGUUUUCAAUUGCAAAUAUUGAACUUCUGACUCAUGAAACACAAGACCAUCUAAUUGACAGUUUACGGCUUACAGAAGGAAAUAAAUCCUUUCAUCUUGCAUUGUUAUGCCGAGGGAGCAGCCACCAUCCAUUUCUUGAAAAAUUUGCAGAUUUUGUGAUGCGACCAAAACCUAUCACUGAGAAUGAGUUGCAAGAUUUUUUGGGUGAAAAGUACCCAAAAGUAAUAACUGUAACAUCAGAUGUUCCAGGUUUAGGGAAAAGUGAAGAAAUUCAUAAACUUGCUUUGCAGAAAGACAUGGGCAAAGUAACUUUACAUAUCAGUGGAAUAUUUAACAGGGAAAAUAUAGUUGAGCAAUUGAUGAGGCUUGCAAUUAAACCAUAUCAUAUCCUGCAUAUAGAUGUUGGUCCAGUUGAUGAGCCAUCUGAACUUGAUUCCUUUUUAUUUGAAUUGGUUGUUUUAAGAUUUGUGUCAGCACGGAAAUCUGCCUUUGCCUUACAAACGGACCACAUUUGUGUAGAGAUAGCAAACUCUGUCAAUCAGACUUUGUGCAAUUCUUUACCAACUGUGACUUGCUUCAAGCGAAAGAAUCUAACAUGGGGAAAUUACAGUGACAUAUAUGUUUGCCAAGAAGUCAACAGUCCCGUACAAGUUGUUUGUCAUUAUUUGCAGUUGCUUGAUUUAGGACAAUUGGAUCAAGCAGAUGUUUACUUAACAGGAAAUGCAAAAGUCAAGCCAUUAUCUCCCUUAGUGUGCAGAAACCUACUUCAGAAGCAUUUCUCAGCAUCUGGGGACCUGUCAUACACUGUUGUUAAUAUAUUUUUAGGAGUCCUUGCAGAUCAGUUAAAGAAAUUGUCAUCCAGUGUAUUUUUUAGAACAUCAAAUAUCCAGCAUCAGUCCGUGAAAAGUGAACUUGUUACUGCUCUGAAAAAUAUGUCUAUUGAUUUUUCAUCAAGAUCAAUCAAUGCAUGUAGAUCUGCUCAAAUUGCGUCAAUAGAAGUAAUGGAUUCAUCAAAGCAUGUAAAACAAGCUAGUUCCAUGACUUGUGCAGAGGUUUUGGCUAAAAGAACAGAAGGAAUGAUAAGAUGGGAGGACAGUAAUCAUUUGAUGGUCCUUUUCCAUCACGAUUUGCAGACUGUUUCUGCUUUAUACAGAUGUAAGGACAAAGUGCCAAAACAAAUAUCAAACCUUUUUGAAAGCCAGUUAAAGAAAAAAUUGGAGGAUUUUAGCAAACAAGAGGAAAGACAGUUGCAAGCAAUCCUACUGAAACUUGUUCAGCAUCCAUCUGAAAUUGAUACUGCACUUGGUAAAAUUUCAAAACGAUAUGCACUGACCCCUGACAAUUUGUUAAAGAUGGUGUUGAUCGUGUUGAGAUUAAAAGGCCACCAGCCAAUUGUGAUCAUGGGGGAGACAGGUUGUGGAAAGACUUCAUUGAUCCGGUAUCUCUCAGUGGUGUGCCAAAUUGAUUUUCAAGUCUUGAGUAUUCAUGCAGGGGUGACAGAAGAGAUGAUAGUCAAAAAAGUUUUUGAAUCUGAUUUCAAAGCAAAGACAAACUUCAGAAAAAGCAUUUGGUUGUUUUUGGAUGAAAUAAACACUUGUGAUCAUCUAGGGCAGAUCUGUGACAUUGUAUGUCAUCACAGGUGUAAAGGGACACUUUUAUCUCCAAAUAUGAAAAUCCUUGCAGCAUGUAAUCCAUACAGAUUAAGAUCAGACAGUUCUGUUUUUACGUCUGGACUUCAGGGGAAAAUUAAAACAGAUCAGUUGUCAAAACUAGUAUACAGAGUACAUCCUCUUCCAGAAACAAUGAUUGAUUAUGUCUGGGACUAUGGCAGUUUAAAGAAAGAAGAUGAAAAAGCAUACAUAGAAAGAAUGGUCCAGGAAGGAUUGAAUUUGGGAAAAUUAGAGAAAUUGCUCGUCAAUUUAUUAACAAUGUCUCAACAAUUUGUUCAAAGUGAAGAGGGGAGUGACUGCUGUGUAAGCUUGAGAGAUGUUGAAAGAUGCAGACGACUUGUUCAGUGGUUUGUAAAAAUGCUUAAAAUGAAGGAUAAAACCCAUAUAUACGAACCCUACAAGAUUAAUAUACAAGCAAUUAUACUUGCACUAAGUAUUUGUUACCACAGCCGCUUUCCUAGUAACGAUGUCAGGAAGCAAUAUAGAGAGAAGGUUGCACAGUGUUGUAGCGAGGUGCCAGACUUGCAAUUAAACGGGGAAGGAAAAGUUGAGAAGAUUAUUAUUGAUCAGCAAAAUGAUAUCUUAAAGAGAAUGGAAAUGCCAAUGGGCACAGCUAAAAACACAGCCCUUAGAGAAAAUGUAUUCGUGAUUUUGGUUUGCAUAUUGAAUCGUAUACCAGUUUUUGUCGUUGGAAAACCUGGAUGCAGCAAAUCAUUGUCAAUGCAGCUCAUACGAAGUAAUCUCAGAGGAAAGGACUCCUCAGAUCCAUUCUUCAAAGCUUUACCACAGCUGUACUGUGUGUCAUUUCAAGGAUCAGAAUCAUCAACAUCUGAUGGAAUUAUUAAAGUCUUUGAGAAAGCAAAAAAUUAUCAAAAGCACAACCAGUCAGAUGAUGUGAUGUCAGUUGUAAUUCUUGAUGAAAUUGGUUUAGCUGAAAUUUCUAGAUUCAAUCCCUUAAAAGUACUUCACAGUCUUUUGGAACCAGAAAAUCAAGUUACUCCAGAUGUUGCUGUAGUUGGAAUUUCAAACUGGGCCCUUGAUGCAGCAAAAAUGAACAGAGCAAUUCAUCUGUCCAGACCAGAAAUGGAUGAAAAGGAGUUGUAUGAAACUUCUCUAUCAAUUACAAUGUCCCUAAUGAGUCAGCCUGACCCAACACAAGCUACAAAAUUUUCAGUCAAGAAAAAGGAAGACAAAGUUACAAAAAUGACUGAAGAUGUAAAGCAGCUUUUGAAUAAGCUAUCAAUUGCUUAUUGUACAUACAACAAGAAUCAGCAAUACAAGAAUUUCCAUGGGUUGAGAGACUUUUACUCAUUGACUAAAUACAUAGGAAAAGGAAUUCUUGAUAAGCAAAUGGAAGGUAUUGAUCAAGUAAUUCUUGUUGGCCUUUUGAGAAAUCUUGGAGGACUUUCAUUUGAAAUGAGAAGGUCAAUGCUAUCAGCCUUUGAACAAUGCUUACCAUCAGAAACUCAAACAGACAUUGAUGUAUUAGAACUAAUACAAGACAACCUGGUGGAUCAACAAAGCAGACAUUUAAUGUUGAUCACGAAUGGUGAUGCUGUUCUAAGUGUCCUAGAAGAUAAAAUCAAAGAAAUGGAACGUCAGCAUGUGGUUAUAUUUGGAAGUCAGUUUGAAGAGGAUUUAACUGAUGAUUACAACUACCGCAUCUUAAGUCGAAUAAUACUGUGCAUGGAACAAGGUUACAUCUUGAUUUUAAAAGACUUGGAAAAUAUAUACGGAAGUCUGUAUGACAUGCUGAACCAAAACUACACUGUUGUUGGAAGCAAGAAAAAUUGUAGAGUGGCACUUGGUCCAUACAGUAAUCCAAUGUGUCAUGUUCACGAAGACUUCAAAUGCAUUGUCCUGGUAGAAGAAUCAAAAUUGGACUACUCAGACCCUCCAUUCCUGAAUAGAUUUGAAAAACAACAAUUCAGAUUUGAAGACAUGAUGAAUGAAAUGGCAAUAAACAUAAGAAAUGGACUUGCAGAUUUAAUUGCAGAUUUCAGCAAAAUUGAAGGCUAUUCGUUUGAACCUGAUGAUGUAUUUGCAAUAUCGGGAGAAAAUAUUUUAUCAUCCAUUGUGCUAAAAGUACAAAAAGAGGAAAAUGAUGAGGAUGAACAGAUGAUUAUUCAAAAAUGUCAGAUUCAUUUGCUCUGGAUAACUAUGCCAGAAGCUGUAUUUCGACUGAAAUAUUCUGAGCUUUGGAAAACAAAAGCUAACACAGUCAGAAGGCUAGAAAAAGAAUACUUGUCAUUACCAAUACAUAGCGGACUUCUUAAGUUUUUAGACCAAAUACAUGCUUCAACAGAAACAAUGUCAAGUGGAUCUUUAGUGGCUGUUUUUACUUUCGACACGGAUGUCCUCUCCAUUCUGAACUCAGAAAUUCCAGAGGGAGCAGUUACUGAAAAGUUAGGAAACUUCAAAUCAGAAAAGCACUUAAGUCAGAAGAUACAGCAUUUUUUUGAAUCGAAUUCAUGCCAACUACUUCUUCACUGCAAUGUAGUAGAAGAUUUUGACCAUAUUCUUCUAGCAAAAUCGACCAUAGAAAAUUGCAAAAGGAACUCUUCAAAGAAAGUGACAGGGUUAAAGAAUGUUUGUAUUAUUUGUCAUUUGGAAAGACAGGAAGAUAAGCAUAGAACAGUGACUCAAAUAAACUUUCUUUCUGACUGGAAACUGGCCAUGUUGGACACACUUCGUGAGCCUAGAACACCUUUAACAGAAAUGAUGAACCUAUCUGUUAUGGAAGUGUUGGAAAAUAGAAGACCCAUGACAGGCACCUUAAAAGAGUACAUCUUUUGGGCUUUUACAACAAUACAGUAUGUUGGAACAGGUCACACUGCAGAGAAGAUGAUGAAAAUUGUUUGUAAUGUCCAGGAAUCGGAGGACACUUUAGCUGCUUUGGAGGAAUUGGUAUUUUCCAAUAUUCAAAAAGAAGCUGAGAAACAUAUUGUGGAAUGGCAAAGAGAGGUUGCUUGUGACAAACACGCUCUUUUAAAAGCAUCAUGCUACAUGCAUGCUCUGGAACAAUACCUCCUAGGUUUAAUCAAAAAUCCUCUGUGCAAGAUUAUUUUCAAACUUGAAGAGGCCAAUGCACUUCAGAGUAUCUUCUUAAAAGAUGGUGGCCAAUCGGACAGAUUUGCUUUGUGGAGAAGUCUAACUUUCAAAGAUAGUUUAAUGAACAUCACAGAAAUUCCAGAUCAGUCUGGUCCAGAGUGUUACACCUGCAGUUCAGAAAGACUAAAUUUGAUUCUACCUUUCAGUUUUGUCAUCUUGACUAGGAUUGAAAAAAUAAAAGACGACUUCUUGAACACAUUGAAACAGCUAAAGAUUUCCUGUGAACUUGACGAAGAUGAUGAAAUUCCUAAAAGUUUGUUCAUAGAACUUGUGUCAAAGUACAAAGAUAUUGUUGAACAGGAUUUAAUGGAAUACAGUGAAGUUGAUUAUCCUGAGAAAUUACCUGAAUAUCUACAUGAUUUUUCACUUAUGAAUACUUCACAAAAGAAGGGACAUCUGACUGAAGAAGAGAGAAUAGGAGUGAUAAAAUGGGCACACACACUGUUUGGUGCAAAAGAUUUGCAAAAUGAUUUUCUGUUACAAGUUACACAUCUUCAUGUUUUACAGUGGGUGUAUGGUAGUGUUUUAGAUUCAAUUGUCCAAGUCAUGAGUAUUGUGAAAAAGGAUACAGAUGUUUCUAUUGAUGAAAUUCUUCAUGGAAUGGAGGAAGCCCCUGAAAAUGAUCUUGUUGAAGAAGAAACUGCAGAUGAAUCAGAAAGUCCUAUGCUACUAACUGUAGAAAUUCCAGCAGAGAACGAUUCAGAGUCAGUUGAGAUUACCACAGAGGAGGAGAGAGAUGUGUUUGUUGAUAAACUGUGCAAAAUAUUUUUACCAACUACAGCACUUUUGGAGAAAUUUUCUUCUAUUCGGGAAUGGCAGUACUUAGUUAGUGGUGUUCUUCCACUUUUUGCAGAAAUUUCACUAAACCCUUCAUCUCUCCAUAUGCUGAGAUUCUGCAAUGAUGUAGCUCAGACUAUCCUUUCUCUAGAUAGUAAAGAUGCUGUGCAGGUUUUAUCAAUAUUUGGAAACCAUUUGUCUGAAGGUCUAGAACUUGAAAGCAAUGAAAUGUUCAGAUUAAUGCUGUCACAAAUCAAAUUUAUGGAGUGUGAAAAGAAGGUAAACAUCAUCAAACUACAGCGAUUGGUAUGUUUGUACCUCUCAAGAAGCAUUGCAAUCAAUCCAGAACAGAACAUGACUGUUGAAUUGCUUCUAUCAUCCAUUGCCGAUGAAUCUGUGCCUGACAGAAGUCUGAGGUUUCUUUGUCCUGUUUUAGAAAUAAUCAUAGAAGUGGAAAAUGAAGAAGACACCAUAUUUAAUUUAAUUGAAAAUAAGGCUUUGGAACUUGAAGAUGGAUAUUUACAUGCUCUGAAUAAGUGUAUAGAAGCUCAAUGCAAAAAUGAGGACUCGGAUUCAAUUCUUUCAUCCCAGAUGGUGACUAUUUUUCAAAAUUUGUAUGCGUGCAAAGUCAACAAAGAAAGUUUAUUAAUUAUAGGGGGAAGUGCACAUGAAAUUUUCGAAUUGGCUUUUAAAGCUACAUCUGUCAUAAGAAGUCAAAAGGGAUGUUCUUUAAGUCUGGUUGCAUCAGUUGCCUAUCUUCGGACACUGUUAAAUGUGUAUGUUAACCUUCUUAAAGAAAAUGACAUGAAUGGAAAUGCAUUUCCAAUUAUCACAAAAACUAUUAAUGCAUUAAUGGAGACAGGUGAUGAAGAAAAUUAUUUUGGAGCUCAAAGAACACAGUGUAUUCUUGUGUAUUUACUGAAAUGUUUGAAUUCAGCAGUAGGACUGAAUGAUCUUAAAAAAUGUUCAAACAGUUUGGAGGAGCACUUACCAGUUUUGAAGACAUUAGGAUGGAAUUCACUCUUUCUGUCAAAGAACAUGACAUUUCAUCCAAUAUCACAGUAUGAAAAUGACAACAAAGAAUUUGAGCAAGCAUUAUUACAGAUGGAAGAAAGAGAAGAAAAACACAUGAAGGAAAUUGUUGCAGAAGUGCUGAAAAAUUAUGAAAAAAUGUUUCUGUUUGUUGGCAAUCUUUUAAAUGCCUUUUACUUGAAAGGUCAACUAGUGGAAAUGAGCGACACACAGAAGUCUACCUCAGCAAAAAUAUUUGAAAUGCUUAAGGAUGGACUUCCAAAAACUCAAUGUCAAGUUGCAAAUUUGGUUUUGAAGAUUACAGAUUUCAAGCAUCCAUUAUUCCAUCUUAACACUCAGACAAAAGCACCAGAUACACAAAUUGUUUCCGUGUUAACUCAUUUGUUGGUUUUGAUCAUCUUCAAAGGAGAAACUGGAAAUAUAUGGCACAGCAUGUUGACAGAUCCUAGUCACAUCAGUUCUAAGUAUCUACCAGGAAUGGAUGUAAUCAAGGCUGAUGAGUCUUUUGACUGCAAUGUUCAACUCUGCACAUCUUGUAAAACAAGAUUCUUUAGUUCACAUGGUAUUUGUCCAGAGUGUAAUACACCAUGGAAGACACAUGAACAAAAUCCAGAAAAAAUCAUGAAGAAGAGAAAAAUUGGAUAUGAAAAAUCAAGACAAAACAUGAUUCCAGUUGGAAAUCUUUCACCAAUAGUGUAUCAUCUACUGCAAUUUUUCAUUCAUGGCUGUAUUGCUUUAUCACUCGCUGCUAACUUUUCUGAUCCUGAGAGAAUUAGAACAGCACUUUCUUUGAAAAAGGAGGAGGAAACAGAAGAAAUGUUAUCUGAAAUUCUGCAAGAGGAGUGGAGAUGUAUCAAAACGCUGACACAAAUGAAUGACGAAGAGCAGUGUACAUUAAUUCAUGUAGCUAUCUAUGAUAUGUGUAUUCUAUUUACAAAAAGCAGUGCUCCAAAUACUUGCAAAACCAAUGAAGAUAGGGAACAACUUGAAAAGCAUUUCCAGGCAGGUAUUCAUAAAGUACUAAAAGAGAAAUACAAAAGCCUAAUGGAAGCUAGAAGAUCACUUUGCAAAAAACAAGAAAUAGAUCUUUCUUCUUUGGAGUGCCAGAUAUUGGAGGUGUCUGAGAUAGAAGGUCCACAAGAAAAAGAAUUGAUGUUACCAAGACUUUUCCGAAUGACAUCUCCAGCAAUUAAGGAUGCACUGAAAGCACAGGUUUUUUCUGAAGAGAACUCAAAAGAGUAUCCAUUUUUAAGUUUGAUUUUGAAGAAAGAAGACAGAUUAGAUUUGCCAAAAUACAUUUUGCCAAUAUUGAGAUGGCAUCAGUCAACUGUUUCCAUUGGAAGUUACAAAAUGAAAAAGGUUGAUUGUAAAGAAGAAACAAUUGAGAAGUUUUUCCGAAUGGAAAAUGAUGAAACAAGAAGGCGCCUUCUGAAGAAAAGGUUUGAGGAAUUCAAAGCAUCAUGGAAUGAGUUGUUAACAAAACAAAAUGAGCAACUAGAGACCCCAUUUCAGGAAAAGGACAUUUUAUCUUCCAACAGCAAAGUCAUCAAAUGCAUCAUCACUGAUGAAAACUCUGUGAUACAAAAAGUGCUGCUAGAGUUGGUGAAAGUUCAUAAUUUUUUCAUAGAUUCCUGUUUGCAUCUAGCUUCCACAACUGAUGCUCAGUCUCUCAACUUUUUAAUGGUUGGUGAUGGACAAUCUCGAAUUAAAUCAACUUCAUUGUGGGAGCUUUCCUCCAAGGAUAUCAUAACAUUCACUUCCUGGGAUGAUGAAACACUCCUAUAUUCCGAGUGUAAAGAAGGGGAUAAAGGUGAUAGAAUACUAAGGUAUUCACAGUGUAAAUCAGAUUUUGGAGAAGGAAAAGAUCGAUGCUAUGAUCUACAAAAAAUAGAGAGUGAGCUAGCACAUGGACUAAUAUUGGGGAAACCAUACAUCUCUGUACCAUCAACAUUUCCAAGAAUUUUGUUCGUUGAUGAAUUAUUCCAAAAUACCAUACAGUUGCUUGAAAGUAUAAGGAAAUCUAUCCCCCAGGAAAAGCUUCCACAACAUGUUUUAAAAGGAAUAUUAAAGAAAAAAGACAGUGACAGUUCCCAAAUCACUAUCCUCAUGACAGUUCUUGGAAUGUCUUUGUCUCUCUUAAAGAAAACAAAAGGAGAUCCAAGUUUACCUCUUACUGAGUAUCUUGAAAGUUGGAAAGACAUUGCUAUAUUCCACAAGGGAUACAAACGCCUCCUACCAGAGCCAGAGGAUGCAGUGAAACUAUGUCAUGUUGUCAGUCUGUACGUGAAGUUGGAGGAAUUAAAUGGAGAAACCAUUCUUGAAACUUUGGAUUUAAAAUACAGAGAAGACCUGCCACCGGAAGGAAAAGGAAAACUUGAAACUAUUGGAGGUAGUUAUGUAGGUCACCUUGAAGUGCUAGCUGAGGCACUGAAGAUAUUCAUUCAUAGAUGCUUAUCAGGGCAUGACAAUACUAUAUCCUUAAAUCAACAGUUGCUGGAUUAUAUAUAUGAUGAAGAAUUCUGGCCCCAGGGAAGCUUAGAAGAUGAGAAUGUGUCUGUUGGUGGUCACAGGAAGAGACUGUCUGAGAUUAUCUGCAGCACUCUGUGUGUAAAACAUAUUUACCACACAGUCAGAUUCAUACAAGAUUUUAUUGAGGAAAAGCAAGCAAUGGAUCAUAAGAUAUUUUCAAUGACUGCAACAUAUCAUGCCUCAGAGAAUCAAAGCAAGACAGCAACUAAAAAGAAAAAUGUUAGAAAAAAGUUUGGGAAAACUUAAAAUGACCAGGUAAUGCAAUAAACUGAAUUGUUUGAUUUAAAGCUUACAUAAGCCAAAGGGUGGAUAUUAACAAAUUCUUCAAAAAUUAAUGACAUUUUUUAUUUUUGAUGUUUAACAUCCUGCAUGAGAAUUUUUCAUUCAUACGGAGUCGUCAUGAAGACUUCCAGUGGAUAGCUGCAAAUUUAGACUUCAACUCGGCACUCAUGGCCUUGAGCAGUUUAGGAUCUUUUUCCUACCAGCACUUAAGUGUUAUAUGGGACAAUGGUUUAUCCAGUCUCAUCUAAUUCCUGCUGUGGGACUCAAACCAGUGAUAUAAGAAUCAACUCCGUAUUCUGUGUCUUAGGGCAGAUGUGCUAAUCACUGUUAAACACAGCAUCUUGUGUUUUCUUAUCAACAACAUUGAUAAGUUGUACUAUCAU